UGCUGUAUUUGAGAAGCAGAAGCAGCAGAAGAAUGGGAUUUGUUAAGUUUCUUCUUGUUCAACUCAUGUCUGCUUGAAAGAGCAAAGCCCCUUCUGUUAAGGGGGGGUGGCUGACAUCACAUCCUUUCCACUAAGCAAGUCCUACUUCAAUAACUAUCAAACUAACACUUGCUCACCUGUGCCUUUGCUGGAGGCAGCUUGAAAAAGCAGAAUAUGGCUAGAAUUUCUUUUUUCCUAGGGCUCCUUGGUCUGAUGCUUGGCUGUGGCAGGUCCGAAACAAACAGGGUGGAAAUCAAGAUGACCAGCAACCCUCCCAAAGCCUUUAAAACUGAAGUGCGCCUGCAGUGUGUGUCCAGCUACAUGGAAAUUGGGGUGUACUGGGUCCUUCAGAGAAGUGACCACACUACCCAGUUCAUCACCUAUGUCUCUGUAAGGUCAAAGACGACACCAGAAAUCAUCAAUGGCUAUAAAGCAGAAAAAGCUGGAAACAAUUACCAGCUAACUAUUGCCAGCUUCGAGGAGGAGAAUCAGGGCAUCUAUUACUGCAUUCUCCAUCGCAACCAGGCCCUGUUCUUCAGUUCAGGCCUCGAAGUCCACCUGCCAAAGCCUUCUCCCAUGCCUCCCACCAUCCCACACAAGGUUUCAACCAGACCAGUAACACAGAACAUUAGAUGUCUAUCUCCCAAGGUAUCAGAGACGGAGUCAAGUAGUAUGAAGUUGCCCUGUGACCUGUACAUCUUCGCUCCCUUAGCUGGUGGUUGCUUCGUUCUGCUAGUAAUCGUGGUGAUCACCAUGUCGGUUUGCUGUGGUCUAAGAAAAAGAAGAAUAUGCAGGUGUAAAAGGCCUAUGAAUGGAACCAAUGGAAAACUCCCUUUACCACGCUAGAGCCUGUACCAGAGCUGGAACUUUGCAACUGAAUUUCCCAAUGCACCGUCACUGCACCCUACCCUCCAACAUUACAUACAAGGAGACGGAUGUAAUAAUGUUGUACACACAUACCAAGGAUGAAUGCCUUAGCCUCAACCCUCCAAAUUACCCAUUGUGCAAAGCUCUUCUCCACCUGCUGUAUGUCAUACUAAUUUCUUCUGCAAUCACCUGGCCUGCACUUGUGUGUUAGGAAACAAAUCUUAACAGUUUACAACAAUAUAAGAAUGUUUAAUAGAUAAUGCUGUAACUCAAACACAUCCAGGGUCAGUUACUACCUGGACAGGCAGUUAUAGAGUGAAUCAGUGCACUGGCAUUUUGUGUCCAUGUGCAUUUGUGCAUUUAUGUACAUUUGCAUACUAGACUUUAGCUCCCCAUCACACCUCCAGUGAUGCAAUCCUCAUGUGUGUAUACAGCCCCUGAUGCACCACCCAGCCCUUCAUAAAACUUUCAGGGCCAAAAACGCUGCCCACAUUUAGAGUUCUUCUACCAUUUGUAUUAUAAAGCUAAAAGACAUAUAUUAUUUACUUAUUACCGAGCCAUGAUUAUAAAGAUGUAAAGUCGAGUUGCUUUUUCAGCAUUCUAUUGAUAUAAAUCCUGAGAAUUCUAGCCAUUAUAAAAUCAAAGCAAUUUUCAUAUUACCUUAUUUUUGUCAUGGAGAAUCUGCCUUACGAAAAAUGGCUGAGUUACAGCAGUUUCAAAAGUUUUUGCUAUAAAGGGCAGAUUCUUGUGCCCACCCAAAAUGCUUCUGAAAUGGUUCUCAGUUUAGAUUAUGUGAAGAUGCUACAGGUUUCUAAGGAUACACCUUUAGCUGGUUUGAUGACAAUUUGUGUUAUAUAUAUAUAUAUAUAUGAGGUUUUAAGGUUCUAAUUGUAAAUUAGAGCUUUUCUACAAGAGGCAUUUAUAUGCACUCAUGAUUCCUUACUCACAGUUGUUCUUUAGAUGACAUUGUAAUCCUCCACUUAUGAUUCUGCUUUUUAAGAGCACUUUUCCGGGUUUUCUUAGAGCCGGGGAAAUAGGGUAUUAUUUCUGAAAGCAAAAGCACUACUUAUAUAUUUGCGCUAUUCUGCUAUAGAACAGUGCCAUCUAGAGAUUAUGUAGCAGAAAAGCAGGAAAGGAAAAACUCUUUGUGUAGAGCUCAGAUCUCAAUUAUUCAACAAAAUUGAAAAAAGAUGCAGCAUUUUACAAGCUCGUGUAGAAAAGCUCUUGGUCAUUUAACUUUUUUAUUUUCCUUUUUUAUUACGUACUUUUCUAUGAAGGUAUACAUUGCAAAAAAAAGAGAUAAAAUAUGCUUGUGUGUGUGUGUAUCACAUAAUGCUUAUAUAUAAUAUAUUUGACAUUUUAAAAAGAGGCAUACACUAACAUUCACAAGGAAACUUUCAUGACAAGUUCAUCGGUACACAAUAAAAACUAGGUACUGGAUUUUCAUUAAGUCUGCUAAAACAGCUCCCUAUGCUUUUUUGGUUUUGGUUUUUUUGUUCUGUUCUGUUUUUACCAUAGUACACUGAAAUAAAGUUGGUUUGG